AUGGACGAGCGCGGAGGCACGCCCUCGUCUGCGCAGGCAAGUCCGAUAGCCCCCAAUGCACCGAGUGUAAAGAUCCCUGCUGGGCGAAUGGUGCUGCAAGACGGCGUCGUUAAACCGUUGCUGGGGCGCGGUAUGCUGUGCCUGCUGCGGGACACUCUGAUGAAUGAGCUGAUCCUCGUGUGGGUUUCCGCUGAGGGGGGCGAGGAGCAGCGGUUUCCGCUGCCGCGGGGCAAGGUGCGGCUUAGCUGGGUGGAGAAGUGCAAAUCCGGGAGGGUGAUGCUGUUUGACGUGGAUAACGGCAAGCAGCUUCUCUUCUUCUGGGUGCAGUCCCGCUCGACGGAGCUUGCCGAGAAAACGAUGCGGCGGCUGCAGUACAUUCUGGAGCGGCACCGACACCACCCCCUCGCCGCCCCAAAGUCGGAGGCGAUGCCAAUGGCAACCUUCCGCAGGGUGCUGGCGGAGGUGUGGGAGGGGGCGGUGGCGCAGGACGUGGACCUCGACGCCCUGCUGGCCGCCCCCAAGCUGCUGGCGGCGCUGCGGGAGGAGCCGGAGUUCUACAGGGCGCGGCUGAUGGAGUACCUCCCGCCAGCGACUGCCGCGGCGACGGACGCGCCGGUGGACCUGAUUCGCCUUGUGCAGGAUUCUCAGGUGCGGUGGGCGUCUGUCAUCCUCAGCACCAUGCUUCGCCGCGAGAACACGAGUAAUUAUUUUUCCGCCCUCUUCCUGGGCGCCGCCGCCCCGUGGAGCCUGAGCGUCCUGGCGUUUGUCAUGCAAAUCAUCCAGGCCUUCUCGGGGAGGUGA